CUCUAACCUCUCAUCCCAUUCUCUAACCUCUCCUCGCAUUCUCUCUCUCUCUCUCUCUCUCUCUCUCUCUCUCUCUCUCUGCAACACCCACAAGGAAAAAACCCCAAAUUUCUGUCUCUCUCUCUCUCUCUCUCUCUCUCUCUCUCUCACUCAAAAUGGUCUCUCUGGCCGAGUCCCACUCACGCUCUCCACAACAAACCCCUUCAUCCACUCCCCAACGCCCCCAAGUUCGCUCCAUGCGCACCAUCCGAUCCACCCUCUUCCAAUCCGACCAUUCAUCCUCCUCCUUCACCUCCAACUCCCAUCCGCCUCCCUCAAUCGCCCCUUCCACCCAAACCAUCGAUUUCACCCUCCAACAACUCGCCACCAAACACUCCCCUUACAAACCAUCCCCCGAACCAUCCGAUCUUCUCGAUCUCUCACAAGCCUUUAGUGAUUUCUCUGCUUACAGCAGCGACAUCUCCGGUGAAUUGCAGCGCCUUGCUGCUGUCCCACCUGGCCCAGACGAUCCACCACCACCCCACGAAAACCCAGAUCAAGAUCCCUCUCUUGAAUCCUUUGUCCAGCCCGGGGACCUUGAAUCAAUCAUUGAGAGCUGCGUUGGUGAAUUGGGCUCCCUUUCGAUCGACAUGAAGCGCAGAGCUGCAGCUAAGCUGCGCCUCCUUGCGAAGAACCGGCCUGAAAACCGUGCUCUGAUUGGGUCAUCCGGGGCAAUCCCAGUGCUAAUUCCUCUCCUCCGGUGCGGAGAUCCCAUGGUGCAGGAGCAUGCAGUGACGGCUCUCCUCAACCUAUCGCUCCAUGAGGAGAACAAGGUUGAGAUCACUCAAUCUGGUGCGAUCAAGCCGUUGAUCUUUGUGCUCAAGACAGGCACGUCGGUAUCGAAGCAGAACGCCGCGUGCGCGCUGCUCAGCCUCUCAUUGGUUGAGGACAACAAGAUCACAAUAGGAGCUUGUGGGGCGAUCCCGCCGUUGGUUUCGCUGCUCCUGACUGGAUCGAACCGUGGGAAGAAGGAUGCGCUGACAACAUUGUAUAAGCUCUGCUCAGUGCAACAGAACAAGGAGCGGGCCGUGAACGCAGGCGCGGUGAGGCCACUGGUGGGUCUGGUGGGAGAGCAGGGGAGUGGGACCAUGGAAAAGGCGAUGGUGGUAUUGAGUAGUUUGGCAGGGAUACCGGGGGGAAGAACUUCCAUAGUUGAGGAGAGCGGAAUCCCAGUGUUGGUUGAGGCAAUUGAGGGUGCGUCUGGCAAGGGGAGGGAGUUUGCAGUGCUGACGCUGCUGCAGCUGUGUGCGGACAGCAUGACAAACCGGGGGUUGCUGGUGAGGGAGGGCGGGAUUCCACCGUUGGUCGCACUGUCCCAGUCCGGCACAGCACGGGCAAAACACAAGGCCGAAACACUUCUUCGGUACUUGCGGGAGCAGCGACAGGACGCAUCUUGUUCAAGCCCGUGAAGGAUUUGAUUUGAUUUGGUUGCAUGGGAAGACUGGUGUGUGUAUUUUUACUAUGACUGUAAAUAGGGAGUGUAUUGUUUGUACAGUGUGUUGGUUGAAAUGAAGAACAAGACCAAGAGAAGAUGAGAUUAGGAGAGAGGAACUGACCCUAGUAGAUGGAGAUUAUUAGGCUUUUGAUUGUUGGUGUUUUUCUUUUUCUUUUUUAAUCUUGGGUUUGUGAGAGAUUAUUAUAUUAGAUUUGGGAUUUGGGUUAUGAUCCUAUGUUUUGUUUGGGGGAUCCAAAUUCAAUUAGAAAAAAUUGCAUUUUGGGUUUCA